UAUAAAGUUGAUUCAAUUAUCAAAAAAAUAAUAAAUAAGAAAAAUGUUAUUUACUCAGUGCAAACAAACAGUGUUGGUAAGAAGCAACAAGAAUUGAUGAGAAAAUGAACAACGGCACAGGCAGAGAUGGCGAGAUACUACCACUCCAACAUGAAGAGCGUGUACAACCUCCACGCCACGCUGAUAAAAAACGCCCAACACGACAACCCUCUCUCCCUCCGAACCUUCAUUCUCCGCUGCGCCAACUCAUCGUCACCACCCGACACCGCCCGUUACGCCGCUGCCGUGCUCCUCCGCUUCCCCAUCCCCGGCGACCCCUUCCCCUACAACGCCGUCAUUCGCCACGUGGCACUCCACGCUCCCUCCCUCGCCCUCGCCCUCUUCUCUCACAUGCACCGCACCAACGUCCCCUUCGACCAUUUCACCUUCCCCCUCAUCCUUAAAUCCUCAAAACUAAACCCUCAUUGCAUUCACACUCUCGUUCUCAAACUCGGAUUUCACUCCAAUAUCUAUGUCCAAAACGCGCUUAUUAAUUCCUACGGCACCUUUGGGUCCCUCCACGCGUCCCUCAAACUGUUCGACGAAAUGCCCCACCGAGACUUGAUCUCUUGGUCCUCUUUAAUCUCUUGUUUCGCUAAACGCGGGCUCCCCGAUGAAGCCCUAACACUUUUCCAACAAAUGCAGCUUAAAGAGAGUGAUAUCUUACCCGAUGGGGUUGUCAUGCUGAGUGUGAUAUCCGCGGUUUCGAGCUUGGGUGCCUUGGAAUUGGGUAUCUGGGUUCACGCUUUUAUUUCCAGGAUCGGGGUUAACCUUACUGUUUCAUUGGGUUCUGCACUUAUUGACAUGUAUUCGAGAUGCGGGGACAUUGAUCGUUCGGUUAAGGUGUUCGAUGAAAUGCCUCACAGGAAUGUUGUCACGUGGACCGCGCUGAUUAACGGGCUUGCCGUGCAUGGACGUGGUAGGGAGGCUCUGGAGGCGUUUUAUGACAUGGUGGAGUCCGGUUUGAAGCCUGAUCGCAUCGCAUUUAUGGGUGUGUUGGUGGCUUGUAGUCAUGGAGGGCUUGUAGAGGAGGGGAGACGGGUUUUUAGUAGCAUGUGGAGUGAGUAUGGCAUUGAACCGGCACUUGAGCAUUAUGGUUGUAUGGUUGAUCUUCUUGGCCGUGCUGGCAUGGUGCUUGAAGCUUUCGAUUUCGUGGAGGGUAUGCGUGUUAGGCCAAAUUCGGUUAUUUGGAGGACCUUGCUUGGAGCAUGUGUCAAUCACAAUCUCCUUGUGCUGGCUGAGAAGGCCAAGGAGAGGAUCAAGGAGUUGGACCCUCAUCAUGAUGGUGAUUAUGUACUUUUGUCGAAUGCUUAUGGUGGAGUUGGUAACUGGGUUAAGAAGGAGGGUGUGAGGAAUUCAAUGAGGGAGAGUAAAAUUGUCAAAGAGCCUGGCCUUAGUUUGGUUCACAUUGAUCAAGUGGCUCAUGAGUUUGUAUCGGGAGAUAAUUCUCAUCCGCAGUGGGAGGAGAUUACAAGAUUUUUAGGUUCAGUUAUUGACACUGUGAAACUUGGAGGCUACACCCCUAGUACUAAAAAUGUGCUGCAUGACAUUCAAGAGGAAGAGAAGGAACAUUCUCUGGGCUAUCACAGUGAGAAAUUGGCAGUGGCUUUUGUGCUUCUUUAUCAUAGGGAUAGAAAAACCAUUAGGGUCAUUAAGAAUCUUAGGAUAUGUUAUGACUGUCAUAGUUUCAUGAAGCAUGUUUCGGGUUUCUUUGACAGAGAUAUAGUUAUUAGGGAUCGAAGUCGGUUCCAUCAUUUUAGGAAGGGAUCGUGUUCUUGCCGAGAUUUUUGGUAAAUCAUGCUAGUUCAAAUGUCUAAAAUUGUAUGCCAACAUUCAUUUAUUAGAAUCAAUAAGAAUUAAUGAUUUCUAGCCUUA